AUGCAUAUAUUUCAUAUCAUAUACUUACUACUAAUAAGUUUGUCAACGGCAUCAUCGUCAUUAUCAUCAUCAUCAUCAUCAUCAUUAUCAUCAUCAUUAUCAUCAUCAUCAUCAUCAUCUUACUCUUCACAUCCACAUUAUUUACCGAAAGCGAAUUUUAAUCCAUUUGAUUCACCAGACUAUUGUUCACAGAUAAUAACUUCCACCUGUAAUACUACAUUUUCAUAUAUUGAUGAUUUAAAUAAAAAUAUCAGACAGUAUAUUAAAGAUUUAGUUAAAACUUCAUAUUUUAGAUAUUUUAAAGUUAAUUUAGAUAAACAAUGUAAAUUUUGGAGUGCUCAACAUUUUUGUGCUACUGAAAAUUGUGCUGUUGAAAUAUUGGAAGAUUUUAAUUGGAAUAAUAUAACAAAUGUAAAUUUAAAACCAUCAAAAUUAGGUAAAAUAAAUACUCCAAAUACAACCGGAUUAGAUGUAAAUUCAUUAGAAACUGCAACUGAAAUUCAAAAUUGUCAUGAAGAAUUUGAUUAUAGUUAUAUUGAUGAAGAAGAUCAUGAAUGUGUUUAUGUUAAUUUAUUAAAUAAUCCAGAAAGAUUUACUGGUUAUGGUGGAAAUCAAUCAUUUGAUGUUUGGAAAGCAAUAUAUUCUGAAAAUUGUUUUCCCAAUACAAAUCCAAUGUCAAUGUUACCAAAUCAACCAAAAGAACAAUGUGUAGAGAAGAAUUUGUUUUAUAGAUUAGUAAGUGGUAUGCAUGCAUCUAUAGCUGUUCAUUUAUCAAAUGAAUAUCUAAAUCCAAUAACUGGUGAAUUUUAUCCUAAUUUAAAUGCAUUUAUGCAAAGAGUUGGCAAUUUUAAUGAUAGAUUAUCAAAUAUUUAUUUUAAUUUUGCAUUAGUUAGUCAAUCUUUAGUUAAAUUAAAUGAUAUUUUACCAUUAAGAGAAUUUAUUGCAAGUGGUUAUGAUGAUAUUACACCAAAACAAAAUGAACAUAUUUUAUUAGAAAAUGAAAAAUAUGAAAACAGAGAAAUUUAUAAUGAAUUACUAUUAGAUGAUAUUAUUCCAGCAUUAUCUUCAAAUACAUUAUUUAAUACUUCAUCAUUAUUUGAUCCAGAAUUAGUUGAUGCAAAUUUAAAAAAUGAAUUUAGAGCAAGAUUUAAAAAUAUUUCUUCAAUUAUGGAUUGUGUUGGUUGUGAUAGAUGUAGAAUGUGGGGGAAAAUUCAAACUAUUGGAUAUGGAACAGCUUUAAAAAUUUUAUUUGAAGAUGAUUUAAAUUAUUCAAAUUUAAAAUUUAGAAGAAUUGAAAUUGUUGCAUUAAUUAAUACUUUGGAUAGAUUAUCAAAAUCAAUUGAAGCUAUAAACAAUUUUAAACAAAUGUAUUUAAAACACGUAAAAGAUGUUAAUGAAGGAUUAGCUCAACCUGGAGAUUAUGAUGAUGAUGAUCGUCAAAAAAAUAAUGCAGGUUUUCAAUUCCCAUUUGUAAGUUUUGAAAAACCAACAAUAAAACCAACAGAAACACAGGCUCCUAAACCUUCAUCUUCACGAAAAUCAAUUAAACAAAUUCUUGAAACUAAAUCUCAUGAUAGAACUUUCAUCGAAGAUUUAAGAUUAUCAUUUGAUGAAGUUUGGCAAGCUACUAAAUUUGUAUUAACUAGUUAUCAACAAUUUCCUAUAUUAUUAGGUAAAUUAGGUUUAUUUCAAUUAAAUCAUUGGUGGAAUCAAUUGAUUGGAAAACCAAUAACUUAUGAAUAUCAAAGUGCAAUAGAUUAUGAAGCUAAAGAAUAUAGUAGAUUAAUUAAUUAG